GAUCGGUCAGGCAGUCAGUUAUGGCGCACUUAUUGAAGUUGUUAGUUACAUUGUUGUGCUUGGGUCUGCGGUACGACCCGAGCCAGGCAGCUGCCAUAGAGCUGGAGAGCGCGAGCAGCAGUGAGGCGACACGUGACUGGUGGCAGGUGGCGCAGUUCUAUCAGAUCUAUCCACGCUCCUUUAAGGACUCCGAUGGCGAUGGCAUUGGCGACCUGCAGGGCAUUAUCUCCAAACUAGAUUAUCUCAAGGAUCUGGGCGUCACGGCCACUUGGCUGUCGCCCAUCUAUACCUCGCCCAUGGCCGAUUUUGGCUACGAUAUAGCCGAUUUCUUUGACAUUCAAGCGGAGUAUGGCACGCUGAAAGACUUUGAUGAGCUCAUUGCAGCUGCCAACGAACGUGGACUGAAAAUUAUACUCGACUUUGUGCCGAAUCAUUCCAGUGACGAGAACGUCUGGUUCCAGAAGUCAGUGCGUCGCGAGAAGGGCUACGAGGAUUACUAUAUGUGGCACGAUGGCUACGUAAAUGCCACCACCGGCCAGCGAGAGCCGCCAUCCAACUGGCUGCAGGCAUUCCGAGGCAGCGCCUGGGAGUGGAACGAACAGCGUGGCCAAUAUUACCUGCAUCAGUUUGCAGUGAAACAGCCUGAUCUCAACUAUCGCAAUCCGGCGGUUGUGGCUCAGAUGAAGCGCGUUCUCACCUACUGGCUGGAUCGCGGUGUUGCCGGCUUUCGCAUUGAUGCCGUGCCCUGGUGCUUCGAGGUGCUGCCCGAUGCUGAGGGUCGCUAUCCAGACGAGCCGCUGAGCGGCUAUACGGAUGAUCCAGAUGAUUCGUCAUAUUUGAAGCACAUCUACACCCAGGAUCUGAUUGAAACGGUGGACAUGGUGUACCAAUGGCGCCAACUGCUCGAUGACUACAAGCGCAUACAUGGCGGAGAUACGCGCGUGCUUAUGGUCGAGACCUAUUCGGCCCUGGACUAUGUCAUGAAGUUCUAUGGCAAUCACACCACCAAGGGCGCUCAGAUACCAUUCAAUUUCCAGUUCAUUGUCGGCGGCGAAGGCAACAAGAACAACACGCAAUUGAAUGCAGCUGGAUUUCUGAAGAUCAUCAAUAGCUGGCUGGGCCAGAUGCCAGCGGGCCAAACAGCCAAUUGGGUGAUGGGCAAUCAUGAUCAGCGCCGUGUGGGCAGUCGCUAUGGAGAGAACCGCAUUGAUAUAAUGAAUAUGCUGCAAAUGUUUUUGCCAGGUGUGAGCAUUACGUACCAGGGCGAGGAGCUGGGCAUGACCGACCUGGAUAUUAGCUGGGAGGAUACCCGUGAUCCGGCUGCUUGCAACUCGAAUGCGAACAUUUACGAGCAAUUCACGCGUGAUCCAGCCAGAACGCCCAUGCAGUGGAGCAGCGAGGCGAAUGCCGGCUUCUCCACCAACAGCACCACCUGGCUGCCCAUCAAUCCCAACUAUGUGACGGUCAAUGCGGCGGCAGAGGCAGCCGCCAACACCAGCCACCUCAAGCUGUACAAGCUGUUGGUGGAGCUGCGUAAGACCAAGACGCUGCAGUACGGAAACACACGUUGUGCUGCUGUCAACGAGAAUGUGCUGGCCGUGAAGAGAUCGUUAAGUGGACAGCCUACAUAUGUGCUGGUGGCCAAUCUGCUGGACACCAGCGUUAGUGGUGUGGACGUAGCUAGCGUGCUGUAUGCCUCCGGCAGCUAUAAGAUUAAGCUGCUCAAUCCGCAGGCCACUGCGGCCGUGGGCGACAGCGUCGCGUUGAACAACCUCAGCCUGCCACCAUAUGCGGCGCUCAUUGUGGAAUCUGUAUAAAUGGCCUUCAAAUUAUAUGCCUUGUCAUAAGUCAUCAAGCACAUAUAUAUAUACU